CAGUAGCAGCUGGACAGUGCAAACGUUAACAAUGCGUAUUCUGGUGGUUGCCGCGCUUCUCUUUGCUGGGACCUGUGGUUUCGACAUUCGUGAACCGAAACCGAAGGAGUGGUAUCAUCAUGCAACUUUCUAUCAAAUCUACCCCCGGUCCUUCAUGGAUAGCGAUGGGGACGGAAUCGGUGACCUGCCGGGGAUUACUUCGAAGAUGAAAUAUCUGGCGGACAUCGGAGUUGAUGCAGCUUGGCUGAGUCCACCGUUCAAGUCCCCGUUGGUGGAUUUCGGGUACGACGUUUCCGAUUUUUACGAUAUUCAGCCGGAGUAUGGAACACUGGAGGACUUUGACGAGCUGGUGAGGGAAGCGCAUCGCAAUGGGAUCAAACUGAUGUUGGAUUUUAUACCGAACCAUUCGAGUGACCAGCACGAGUGGUUCAACAAAUCGGCCGCAAGGGAUCCAGAUUAUGUUGAUUUCUACGUUUGGCAUCCUGGUAAGUUCAAUCGAAUCACCGGAAAGUACGAUCCGCCUAACAAUUGGAUCAGCGUAUUCGGUGGCUCGGCUUGGACGUACCACGUGGGUCGUGAGGAGUAUUACCUGCAUCAGUUCACCCGAGAGCAACCGGAUUUGAACUAUCGCAAUGUGAAGGUUUUGGAGGAGAUGACUACAAUGUUGUUGUUCUGGGUUGACCAUGGAGUCGAUGGCUUCCGACUGGAUGCAAUAAAUCACUUGUUCGAAGAUGCGGAUCUUCGAGAUGAACCACUGUCCGGUUAUGGGAAACCGGGAGAAUACGAUUAUCUGGAUCACAUACACACUAAGGAUCUCGACGAAGUUUACGACGUCGUAUACCAGUGGCGAGAUCUACUGGAUGAGUAUUCACAAAUAAACGGACAAAGAUUAAUUCUGAUGACGGAAGCGUAUGCCUCUAUUGAGAAGACAAUGCUGUACUACGAAAGUGCGGACGGAAAACGUAAAGGAGCCCAAAUGCCGUUCAACUUCCAGUUGAUAUACGAUUUCAAAAGUAACCAGAACGCGGUUGGAUUGAAACAAUCGAUAGACUGGUGGAUGAAUCAUAUGCCUGCGAGACACACACCCAGCUGGGUUAUCGGUUCUCAUGACCACUCCCGCGUGGCUUCACGGGUUGGUGAAAACCGGGUGGACCAGGUGAUGACGCUGCUGCACACGCUGCCCGGGACCAGUAUUACGUAUUAUGGUGAAGAAAUUGGAAUGCUGGACUAUCCGGAGGCCCGACAGUUCGAUGACCGUGAUCCUCAGCGAACACCAAUGCAGUGGGAUAGCUCCACCAGCGCCGGAUUCAGCACCAACAGCACUACCUGGCUUAAGGUUCAUCCGGAUUACGCCACGCGGAACGCCGAUCUGCUGCAGGGGGAUUCCGAGAGCACAUUCCAUCACUUCCGUAGCUUGGCAGAGCUGAGGCGACACGAAACCAUCAUUAGCGGUGACUAUUUGCAUCGGACCGUGGGUGUGAAUGUUUACGCUCUGUUGAGGGAACUUCGGGGUGCGGAUUCAUUUCUGACCAUUCUGAACAUGGCGGGUGAGAAGAGCCGGAUCGAUUUGGGAGACUUUGUGAAUCUGCCCCAGGAGAUGGUGGUCCAGGUGGCUCAACCGAAGUCGAAGUACACGAAAGGGGAUGUGGUUGACAUCAGUGAUGUAGAACUGGAACCAUACGACUCAUUUGUGCUGAAGUCAGUUUCUGCUGGGACGACGAUGCAGCUCUCUGUUGGUAUUUUGAUUGGAAUUCUCUUGAAAUAUGCUUUGACAUGGUGA